AUGCACAAUGCAAAUCAUAUCUUCAACGCGAUUCACGCCUCAAUGCGCCUGUGGGGCUCGUCGCUUCAUCAUAAUGGCAUGUCAUUCUUCCUAGCCACCGUCCCCGAGGGCAUCCAGCUCUACCACGGAAACGCCCGGUCAGACCCUAUCGAGAAGAUCGGGUGGAUGGCCUUUGAACCUGACCAUGCGAUGGUCUUUGCUCGUCCGUCUCGGCGACCGUCUCCGGACAUACUUGGGGACCGGCAUUUGCAGCAUGCGAUGGCGGCAGAGGAUACACCUGUGGAUGAUUCAGGGUUCCUUCAUACCUUCCUAACCUCCAAGGAGCUACGUCUUGUUUAUAUCGAUGGGACCUCGGCAGGCAAAUCGCAGAUUGGGACCCUGGACUCCCAGGACCGUAUCUUGUUCAGCGAUACCCUGCAAGGUGGUGUUCGGAUGGAAGAUCAGCGGGCGAAGGCCAUCUGUCGUAUUGCGCAGACGGAGUGGGAAGGACGGGUCGAUGGUGUAAUUCGCAUGGCGGCGGGGUUUGAGAUCAUUCUAUGCAACCCUGAGGUAAACCUGGUACCUGUGCAGGUGACCCAGGUCAGACAGCCUGGUUUCUCGAAGGGGCCAAACAAGGAUGGCAAAGGGCAGCCGAAGGGUAAGCCCGGUGAGCUGCUGAGAGCAGUCACGUCUCGGUUCCAUGGUAUCGGGGGUGAGCGGGUUCGAGUGAACUACGAUCAUUUUGCCACGGCCUAUAACUACGAUCUCGACUUGUUCCCUGGAGGUAGCAAAUUGCCGCGUUUGACACACUUGUCGCCCGAGGAAUUACAGCCCAUCCGUGAUGACUUGACGCAUUUGGUGCUGACUCACGAUCCCAGUAACCAGUCGGUAAACUGGCAGGCCGUCGCAGAUCUGAUUGUUGACAAAUACGGUCGUUUUAUACAUGGUUUGCUCCGGCGGAAACAUCAUCACAGCGAUUCUGAUAUUUGUGAGUUUAUAGUCACACAGAUUGACCGCCUCAUGGCGCCGUUCAUCGAUGUCCGAAGCGAUGAUGAUGAGCAGGCUAUCAAGCUCUGCUCUACGCAGUUCGUUGCACUUCCAAAUGAGAAGUCAUCACUGGCGCACAGGGCAUUGUACGCUGUCAGUCACCGGAUAUGCUCGACACUGAUGGCUGUCAGGAAGGAGACCGAGUCCCGGGCAAUGAUCUCUACUAUUCGGGACUUGAUGGGGUAUCUGGACUGGACGGUGUGGAAGGAGUGUCGUGGGUACCGCGACGAUGAAUUCUGUGCCAUUCCGAUCUGGCCACAAGGAUCACGCGAGGAUUACCAUCAUCCCCGGCCGCAGAGGUAUGACGAGGCGUAUCAGGGGGAGCAUGAUUAUUGGGGGCCUGUAUGGGACUGAUAUACUUUCUGAAACGACGGAAGUAGUUGUCUACGUGAAUGAUGGUGCAAGAGAAAUUAAUAGUAUCACGCAGUUUGAGCUAGUUAUAGGUGAAUACGAUUUGAUUAAUCAUUAGCCA